UAUGAGAAUUACAGAAAAAGAUGCAUAGACUAACCAGUCAUGCGUCUCUAUCUUAUGAGACUAGGGUUCUUUGAGUCCUAGGUCCAGAAUAUUCCCAUCCUUUCAGGGUACCACAGCUCUCUGACUCGCUGCCAUCCCAACCUCCAUGACCAGCAGAUAAGACCCAACGAGGAUAGCUUCUAGGGAAUCCAUGAAGAGCGGGUCGAUCCCUACUCCUAAAUGCAGAACCCUACGCUCGCCUGCGUUAGACCGGCGGGCCCCUUGAUGAUGGCAUAAUCGCCAUCCUGUCGCCUCUUAAACUAGUGUCUACUCUAUCUCGACUUUUCUUGCAAGCCUUUUACAGAAGUUUUAUAUACAUCUCCAGGUUGUCAUUGCCAGUAUGGCGUUCAACCACAAUAAGGACGAAGAUGUCGUCGCUGGCGAUGGUCCAUCGGAGCAUAACUAUGACUCUGGACGCUUGCAUGAUACAGAAGAGGCCGAGUCUAUAGACCCAGAUUCUGGUGUUAAGCGUGGUCUGAAGAAUCGACACUUGUCUAUGAUGGCCUUGGCUGGCAUUAUCGGGCCUGGACUGCUUGUUGGUGCAGGCGGUGCAUUGAAUGUCGGAGGACCAGCUGCAUUGCUCAUUGGAUUUGGUGUUGUCGGUAUCAUCGCCUUCUGUAUUAUGCAGUCCCUCGGCGAGGUGACAACACUAUACCCCGGCGGAGGUUCUUUUAUCUCUCUCGCCGAGCGCAUGGUAGACAAGUCUUUCUCCGUCGCUGUAGGCUGGAAUUACUUCGUCAUCUGGGCAGCUGUUCUCGCCAAUGAGUACAACGUUAUCUGCAGUAUUCUCACAUAUUGGGGCCCAGUCGUUCCUCUCUGGGGAUACUUCCUCAUCUUCUGGACAGUAUUCAUGGGAUUCCAACUUCUCGGUGUUGAAGCCUUUGGCGAGGCCGAGUUCUGGCUUGCACUGAUGAAGCUCCUCGGAUUAACAGCGUACUUCAUCUUCGCCAUCAUCUAUGCAGCCGGUGGUUUGGUUGGUCAGGAUGGAUCUGUUGGUUUCAAGUACUGGAGUGACCCUGGAGCUUUCAACGGAAAUGGCUUCCGUGGUGUUGCAUCUGUCUUCGUGUUUUGCUCGACGUUCUACUCUGGUGUUGAGUCUAUCGCUGUUGCGGCCACUGAAACGAGAAAUCCUGGUGUUGCAGUUCCUCAGGCUAUUCGACAGGUCUUUUGGCGUAUUAUCUUCGUCUAUAUGGGAUCAGCUUUCUUCUUUGGAAUUACUUGCCCUGCUAAUGCGGAGGGACUGGUGAAUGGAGGUUCCAAGGCCCUUCAGAGUCCCAUGACUAUUGCGAUUCAGAAUGCUGGCUGGCAAGGAGGCGUCCACCUUAUCAACGCCUUCAUUCUCCUGACUUGCUUGUCCGCUAUCAACUCAUCCAUCUACUUCGGUUCCCGAACUGUCUUCUAUAUGGCGCAGUCUGGCAAGGCUCCUAAGAUAUUUGGCUGGACCAACAGCCGAGGUGUUCCUGUCUGGGCAAUUUUCAUCACCAAUGCUGUCGGUUCCAUUUCCAUGAUGAACGUCUCUACCGGUGCCUCCAAGGCUUACAGCUAUAUCGUCAACCUAUCUGGUGUCAGUGCUUUCCUUGUCUGGGGUAGCAUCUGCUUUAUCCAUAUCCGCUUCCGUCGAGCUUGGGUUACUCAGGGUCGCGGUCUCGAUGAGCUUCCGUACAAGGCGCUCGGCUUCCCAUACCUCGCCUGGUUUGGUCUUGGGGCUUGCAUUUUCUUGGCUUUGGUUCAAGGAUGGACUACGUUAUCACCAUUCAAUGCUGGAAACUUUGUGGAUGCUUAUAUCCUAGUGCCACUGUUUGGUAUCAUCUACGUAUUCUGCAAGCUUCUAUGGCGUGGAAAGGAUCCUCUCAAGCGCAGUUGGAGCAUCGAUCUCGACAGUGGCAGAAGAUUGGAUCUGGAUUACAAGAGUGGUCCAACAGAAAGGGAUGUCCCUGGCCAAACACCUUGGUGGAAGAAAGUAUGGGCUUGGUUCUGAUUUUGAAUCAGGAAAUAAUGGAACUGUCGGGUUACGAUGUUGAGCUUUUCAUGAUACCUAUUUAGCUGACGAUUGCAAGCAAAUAUAACUAGCUCCUCUAUCUCCAUAUGUUGUACAUUGACAUAGGUUUACGAAGUUACAUGGUCGGAGUGAGAAGAUGAGGCACCGUUGCGAGAAUAUAGUAAGCACAUAGUAUCAUUCGCCAUGUUUUCGCCAGGGAGGUUAUGAUGUAAGUCUUGGAGGGGGGAAAGAAAGCAUAUACAAGGUAUUGAAACUCCAUUACUACAUUCUACUCCUAGCCUUUUCUGCGCUCAACACUGUCAGAAACAAUAC